AUGGAAGACCUUUCAGAGGUAUUCGAUAUUUACGCUAUCUGCGCCUGCUGCAAGGUCACCCCUCCUAAUGAUGGGAUAAAGAAUGAGCCGUUUGGCCCGCGAACCUUUAGGGGUCUUGGAAAUAAUGGGGCUCUUCCAUGGAAAUGCAACUCCGUUGACAUGAAGUAUUUCAGCUCGGUGACGACCUACGUAGAUGAGUCCAAGUACGAGAAGUUAAAGUGGAAGAGGGAGAGGUACCUGCAAAGAGAGGCCUCAGUGGGGAAUGUUGAAACCCACUGUGGUGGUGACACUGUAGAGACGGAGGAUAACACCACCAAGCUGCAAAACGUUGUGGUAAUGGGAAGAAGCAGUUGGGAGAGCAUUCCCAAACAGUACAAACCACUCCCAAACAGAAUCAAUGUCGUUCUUUCCAAGACUCUAACACAUGAACAGGUGAAGGAAAAAGUUUUUAUAAUUCAGAGUAUAGAUGACCUACUACUUCUUUUAAAAAAGCUGAAGUACUACAAAUGCUUCAUUAUUGGAGGAGCACAAGUUUAUAAGGAAUGUCUAAAUAGGAACUUAAUUAAGCAGAUAUACUUCACAAGGAUUAACAACGCUUAUCAGUGUGAUGUUCUGUUCCCACAGUUUGAUGAAGGUCAGUUUAGAAUGACAUCGGUCAGCGAGGUGUACAACAACAAGGGCACCACUCUGGACUUUGUGAUUUACAGCAAGGUAGGGGGGGAAGUAGAUGGGGGCGCUUCCAAUGGAAGCACGAUGGAUAUGGAUAGUGGUUCGGAAAACUGCGAGAAUGUAAAAUGUGGCGCACCAAACUGCAACACCUCCGGUUGUAUCUCCCCCAAUUGCACGAGCACGCGUGAAGAGAAAUGGAGGAAGUGCUCCCCCGCGUGUCAGUGGAAGAAGAGCAACGCCGAUGUAGAGGAAGAUGACCUCGUAUACUUUAGCUUUAACAAUAAAGUAGGAGAGAAAAACCCAGAGCAUCUGCAGGAUUUUAAAAUAUAUAAUAGCGUCAAGAUUAAGCAGCACCCAGAGUACCAAUACCUAAGCAUCAUAUAUGACAUCAUCAUGAAUGGAAACAAACAAGGAGAUAGAACAGGUGUGGGAGUGAUGAGUAAAUUUGGGUAUAUGAUGAAAUUUAAUUUAAAUGAAUAUUUCCCCCUAUUAACAACAAAGAAAUUAUUUCUGAGGGGAAUAAUUGAAGAGUUGCUCUGGUUCAUUCGGGGAGAAACAAACGGAAACACAUUGUUAAAGAAGAACGUGAGGAUAUGGGAGGCAAAUGGAACGAGGGAGUUCCUUGACAAUAGGAAAUUAUUUCACAGAGAAGUGAAUGACCUGGGACCUAUUUAUGGUUUCCAGUGGAGACACUUUGGUGCUGAAUACACAAACAUGUAUGACAAUUACGAAGAUAAAGGUGUAGACCAAUUAAAAAAUGUUAUCCAUUUAAUAAAAAAUGAACCAACGAGUAGGAGAAUUAUCCUAUGUGCAUGGAAUGUUAAAGAUUUGGAUCAAAUGGCUUUACCUCCUUGUCAUAUCUUAUGUCAAUUUUACGUUUUCGAUGGGAAACUGUCAUGCAUUAUGUAUCAAAGGUCUUGUGACUUGGGUCUUGGGGUCCCCUUCAACAUAGCAUCUUAUUCCAUAUUCACACACAUGAUUGCACAGGUGUGCAAUUUACAGCCUGCACAGUUCAUACACAUUUUGGGAAAUGCCCACGUCUACAACAACCACAUAGACAGCCUAAAAGUGCAGCUAAACAGGAUUCCCUACCCCUUCCCAACGCUUAAGCUGAACCCGGAAGUGAAGAACAUUGAAGAUUUUACCAUUUCAGAUUUCACAAUAGAGAACUAUGUGCAUCACGAUAAAAUCGCUAUGGAGAUGGCCGCCUAG